UGACAUUAAUUUUAUGAAAAAAUGGCUAAUGCUCAGUUAGGAUUAAAGUCCGGAUUUCCGAGGGCUCAUCUUGCUAACGGAAUUGGUCGAUUUGUAGGACAAUUACAACGCGUAACAUUGAAAUUUUGUAAAAGUCACGGAGCAAGUCGUGGAAUGCGUGAUUUUAUUGAAAACGAUUUGGUUGAUUAUGCAAAAUCAAAUCCAGGAGUAGUUGUAUAUGUUAAACCUCGAAGACACAGAGGCCCUGUUAUCAAAGCAGAAUAUCUCAAUGGAGAAACCCAUUGGAUAUCUUGUCGACAAUUCACAAGAGAGUGUGUAGUUAAACACAUGGAACUUGUUAGAACACAAUCACGUGAUGGUUCUGCUAUGAGACUACGUAAACUGUGGCAUACAGAAUUUCCAUCUAUUCAAGGUCCUUGGACUCCUUUCACAUUUAGAGAUCCAAAAUUGAACAUCACUGAGUUGCCUAAUAAAGAAGAAGGGGCAUGUCCAAAAUAUGAACCCACAGCAACGGAAGAAAUUAUUAGAUUAUUCAAAGAACAACAAUUAGAGGACAAAAGAGAUCUUGAGGAAAAGCAAUUAAAAAAUUGAUGUGAAUAAUUUUGCACUAUUUUUAGUUAUCGUUGAUUUUUUUUCUAACAUUGGUAGAAUAAAGUUAAAAAAAGUUUUUAAAAAA